UAUAAAUAUGUACCUACGUAAUAAAAUAACUAAUUGUCAAAAAGAAUGGAAUACGUAUACGUGUUAUAUACAUACCUAGUGCAAAUGACUUAAACACUCCCAUCUAAGAUCUAUAUCUGACAAAAAAAACGUGUCGCAUCUGAGUCUGUGUCGCGUCUGCGUCUGCCUACACCUACACCUACAGCUAGACCAUUUGCGUUGGGCUUAGCCGGAUGCUGUUCAUCUGACGAUCUACAUACUACGAGUGGUAUGCAUGCUCUCAGAUCUGGAAGUGGAAUUUUUAAUUUGCGAAAAAUACUUGACCACACGACCAUGCCAUUGCCAGUGUCAAUGUCAGAGAACAGGAAGAUAAGAGCUGAGUGAGAAACAGAAAGUAAUUUAUAGGAAAUGGAAGUCCAGUCCACACCAGUCCAGGCAAUUAUGUGUGCUUGAACCAGUCACACAAGCCAGGAAGUGUGUAAUUGAUCAGGCAUCUCUCUCUGGCCCUCCUUAAAGGUACAUAUUUGAUAUCUGGAUGCGUACUUUAUACGAUACGAACAUCAAUCGGAUGUAUAAGUAGUGGCAUAGAUUGAGCUGUUAUUAUAUAUCGUAUCGCAUCGCCAGGCGGAUAGCAAAAUGUACCGGACUUAAGUAAAAUUGGCACGCGAUUCAAUUGAAUCUUGGCGCGAAGUGUGCUAGUGCUCGGCCCCAGUGCUGGGGCAAUUACACGACCAAUGCCUCCUCCGUCAAACACCACGACACAGAACACACCCCACACAUAGAACAUCUCACUGGGUAUCAGCUUACGGCCGCUAUCCGCAAUCGCCAUACGCCGCUGGUUGACUGCUAACAGUAACAUCCAGCCAGCCCACACACAGAGGCCCUCGCUUGAGGAAUCUACAUAUCAUGGAUGCGGACACACACUAGCAUCCGUAUGGUAUGUAGAUACACACAUAGAUACUGGCAUACAUAUGUAUCUGGAUGAGCACACUUUCGCGACCAAAGCUCGACUGUCUUCGACUGUGAGAUUCUUUGUUUGUUUGAGUUUAGAACGAACCGAGCUGGAGGCAAGACUGCGGGACCACAAGUCUCGAAUCAAGGACUCAGCUACGAUCUUCCCUACCCUUCUCUUGUUUUUUUCAGUGAUCGUUCGUGUUCGUGUCCUGCUGCAAGUGCAAUUAUGUACAUAUGAGUGUAUGUGCAUAGUGUCUAUGAAAAGUGAAAACACGUUAAGAAACGAAAACAAAAUCAAUCGAAAUACAAUAGACCGAAUUAUGAAAUUCCCACGUCGGUGUAAAGUGAGAUGAAUUGAGGCCUGAAGUUACAAAAUUCCUUUCCCGUUCCGUCGCCCCAACACCAUGCUUGGCAAACUCAAAAGGAACGCAUUCAUAUCGCUUGGAUUGGGAUUCAUAUUGAUAUGGCUGAGCGAAGCAACGGAGACCCAAGUGAACUACACAGCCAAGCCGCGAGUGGUUCUUCCGCCUAAUUAUGUCAAGGAAAUACGACCGCCCUCGAAGAAGGGAUCCCCAGUGAUAGUAGACUUUAGCAUAUUUGUUGUAGAUAUUAACUCAAUUAACGUAGAGGAUAUGGACUUUAGCAAUACUGUGUAUAUUUUCAGAGUAGACAUGUUUAUACAUCAGUGCUGGCAUGAGCCACGACUGGAGAUCCCCGACGACAUCUUCGAGGAGGGCGACGACUAUGUGACACUGCUUCCAGAAGUCUUUGAGAAUUUUUGGCAGCCGGAUCCGUACUUUCUCAAUUCGAAAAUUGCCGAAAUAGCAACUCUGACCCACAAGUUCACAUCAGUGACGCUGUACAAAAACAAGACGGUUCGCUAUGCGGCGCGGAUGCAUGCCAUCAUUGCCUGCCAGAUGGAGUUCCAGCUGUACCCCAUGGACAUACAAGUGUGUCCCAUCCACAUUGAGAGCUUCUCAUCGAACAACCAGAAGGUGAAGCUCCGCUGGUCCGACUCGGGCGUGACCCUCAAUCCGGAACUGAAGCUCCUGCAGUACAAUCUGGGCCAGCCCCUGCAGCUGGAGGAGAGCGAUGGCUACAUGCCGGAGAAGGUGGGCAAUUUCUCGCGGCUCACCGUGUUCUUCCGCUUCGAGCGCCAGAUCGGCCAUCAUCUCAUCCAGACGUUCGCCCCCUCCUCGCUGGUGGUGAUGCUCUCCUGGUUCAGCUUCUGGCUGGGACUAGACGCCAUACCGGGACGGGUUACUCUGCUUGUGACCUGCAUGCUGACGCUGGUCACCAUGUUCACGGGGGCGGAUAUUCCCCCAGUGGCCUAUGUGAAGGCCCUGGACCUGUGGAUGGCCGGCUGCAUGCUGUCCGUGUUCGCAGCCCUGGCCGAGUUCGUUGUGGUCAAAGUCCUGGACGUACAGUACCAGUACCAGGUGAACCGCAUACCCAAGGUACUGCCAAUGCGCAUCAGUAACAUGGAAAAAGGUCAAUGUGCAACGGUGGCUAGCUGGGAGGGCGGAGCCGUGCGGUCGCGUAAAGCCACCCAAACGCCCACGACGCCCGGACAGACAUCGCUGCAGGGAAACGGAGGACCGCCGAAGCCGGCGCGGCGGCAGAGCCUACUUUCGGUGGCAUGGACGGACACGGACACGGGCGUCGAGAAGAUAAUGUGGCGGGAGAUCGAUAAGGUCUCCCGCGCUGUCUUUCCCAUACUAUUCUUUGUAUUUGUUCUCCUGUACUGGCCGAUCCUGCUGAUGAAGUCGUCCUAGGACUUGGGGAGUUCCAGAUUGCAUAUGUCUGGACUCCGUUAAAAACUCUAUAGGCAAUGGGCGGUAAAUCUGACAAAUUAAACUCAAGUUUUGAAGACACACAGUGCAAUAUCAAAAAGAAGAGUCUUUGAACCUCAAAAUCUAUCAUCGAAGUACAACCAACAAGUGAAAACUACAGUUACCUACAUAAGUAAUUGCCAGCAGCUACAAUGCUACAUAUUCCUAUAUCGGACACACUGUGCUAUGAACAAAAUAUAACUAAGCUAUCGACAAUUUGCUCACGGAGAAUACUUGAUUCAUUUGGAGUAUUUGCUUUGUAUAAAACGUAUCUUAUAUUUAACGAUAAUUUUAGUUUCACAUUAAUUUUAAUCUAUGCUAUGAGGGACACCACUCACAGAACUACGAGUAUAUGCUUAAGCUGCAGUCCUACCUAUGCAUGAUUUGGCUUUGCAGUGAAUUUCUUUAAUCUCAGCACACACAUUUGUCAAUGAGAUAAGCUGGAGAAUAUAUACAUAUUUAUAUAUCACUGUGCUAGUGACAAUAUACCCCUGAAUCGAAAGGGAUGGCUGUCCCUGCUUUGAAAGUAUUCAAUACAUAUCGUAUGUAUGCGCAUACCUAGUAUGUUCGAGCUACGAAACGAGACAGCUAUUUUCUAGCAGACGGCUAUUUUAGUUGAAUUUUUUUAUUAGGCUUAGGCAAAUCAGCCAAGAAAUUGCAUUGGUGCUUUAAGGAGAUAAUAAAAUGGCCUUUAAGGAUAUUUGGAUUGUAAAUAACUUAACAGAGGAACAGUGAACGCUUUUUAGAGAUUUUUACAUACAUAUUUAGAAUUAUUUAUCAAUUAUAGCGUAUUUUUAUGCAAGCAUUAGAGCUGUGGCUUUUACAACUAAUUCGAAAACAUCUUCAUAUGUAUUGUAUAAACCGACCUGUAGUUCAAGCAGCGCACACCAGGCAUCAGGCAGGUUUUUGUAAACAUAUUAUUGUUAAGCAAAAUCGAGUUUAUAUUUGAUAUGAAAAUACAGACACAAUGUAAAUACAUUAUAUCACUAUAUUAACAUAAAUAUAUUUAUCUAAGAUUUAUCUGCUAUGCCAGUCAAGCUUACAUAUAUGUAAGUAUGUAUCCUUUCCAUCUCUUAAGUUGCGGUGUUCACUAAGCUGAUCAUAGUUCGGUGAGCUCUCGAAUAGGGUUC